CGAUGACUACCAUGUCCAAGGUGUACCAGAUCGGCUCCCAGUGGCCCGGCUUCCCCGCCAUUCGCAACCUCUUCGUCUUUGGCGACUCGUACAGCUCCGUGCUCACUGCCUACUUUCGUGGUCGCCCAGAUAUCCGCCCGUCGGCGGCCCUACCCUUGGGAGUGCCGUUUCCUGGCGAGAUGGGCGGUCUCUGGAACGAGCCUGACGCACCCAACUGGGUAGGGCACCUUAUAACUAAACACUGCCCGCAUCCUCGAUACAAGCCAGACCAAGAACAUGACCCCGAAUUUACCGCCAACCCGUUCCUCGUUUACGAUUAUGCCAUCGGCGGCAACACCGUGUCCGGCGUGCAGACACAGGUCAGCUCCUUUCUUGACGGUGCCGGUGCCAAACCCGACUGGGCACUAUGGUCGGGGAAGGACAGCUUGUUCGUGACUUGGGUCGGAAUCAAUGACUGCGCCUACUCGAGGGAUCACAGUGACAAUAUCAAGACUCUCUUUGACAUUCAGCAAAGGCUGUACGAUGCUGGCGCUCGCAACUUUCUCUUCAUCGAUGUGCCGCCCAUGCACAAAUCACCCGCAAUCUCUUACUACCUUGCCGACUCGGCCAGCGUGUCCUAUCACGACUGGAAUUCUUGCCUCGCCACGGCACUCAAUUCCUUUUCUUCCUCUCAUCCCGAUACCACCGUCAUGCUCUUCUCCUCAUACCAGACCUUUUAUUCCAUCUUUGACAACCCCGUUGACCACGGCUUUGAAGAGAAGGACAUCCACAAACGCGGCGGCGCCAUCUGGUACGACCACCUCCAUCCCACGAGUGCCGUCCACGACAUUGUUGCCGCCUUUCUCGCUGACUUUCUCAGUGAAGUUACCCCAGCCAACUAAUAGCUUUCAGAUGAAUGCAUAUCUUAAUAUGUCACAAAUGUAGAACAGUAUAAACACCUCAGUCCCAGCAUACUUUUUCCUGAAUUCUCUCCGUGUCAUGAGUCUACAGUAGUCCGUUAUCAGUGCAGUCGUAGUAAAACAAGGAUUAUAC